AUGCUAUUCAAGGCGAUUUCGAAACUCAAAAAGUCGGCCAGUUGUCCCAAUAACUCCUCAGCCAACUCUCUACAAAACUCCAACGAUCCCUUUGACGAACCAGCCGAAAAGACAGACACCCCCUCUUUCAAAAUCAACCUGCCUACCUCCCGCUGUGUCCCUCACAGCAUGCGGGCACUCAAUCUAUCCUCACUUGUCAUCGAGCCCUACCACAUAUACACACCCACAGAACCAACAACGCCAGCAAAAAUCUCAUCAGCGUCACCAACAACCUCAUCAUCAUUAUCGAAUACAGAAUCACACGCACAGCAUCCUUGUAACCGCUGGUUAUCUAGAAAACUGUCAAAAGCACGAUCAAAACUAGUUACCGAUUCAGUUCAGGAACCACCCGCUAAGAAUCUCGUUUCAGAUCGUUACCUGGCAAAACUAGAAAAUGUUCAAUACAGACUGAAGCGUUUGAUCCAGCCACAUAAGAUUAUAUACGAAAUCGAGUACAACCGAGACGGGCGAUGGCUCCAACUUGAGCCCAAAACCUCCGCAGACCUGGAUGCAGUACACAAGAAAGGGUUUUCAAAGAUGGACGUUCGAUUUGAUAAGAAUCUAAUGCAGCACAACCUCUUUGAGGAGCGCACUUUGAAACACAAGGAUUCAUUUGAUGUCCAGGUAGAAAUUUGGUACAUGCAGUCUACCGACAAUCCGGACACCAGUGACAGUGGUGAUGGUGAUUGCGGCGGGCUGAGGACUCGGCGGGUACGAUGGUGGAAGACAACUGAUCGUGGAAUGGCCUAUUUACCAGGAACACAUCAUGACACAUCAUCCUUACCCAUGACACGUAACCAUGUCUUGGGAUUUUUUAAAUCUCUCCAAGAAAACAACAACAACAACAACAGUAACAUCAACAACACCAAUAGCAGCAGCAGCAAUAGCAGCAAUAUCAACAUCAACAUCAACAGCACAAUCAACAAUAACAGCAGCAACUAUGAUACUUUAUCCAUUCCACCUAGCCUGGUUGAUACUGACGGUACAGCAUCAACUCAAGAUUUUUCUUUUGAUGGCCAAAUGUCACCCCGGAUAUCAUGGACAGACUAA